AUGGCUACCGGGAAAACAGAGAAGGCACGUCGUCAAAGACAGGGGGACCUGAGAGAUGGUAACCUCCGUGUGAAGGGUGAAAAUUUUUACAGAGAUGCCAAGAAAGUCAAACAUUUGAACAUGUACAAGACCGGUGGGCCAGUUAGGAACGCCAAGGGUGACAUAGUCAAGGCUGCAUAUUUGCAAGACACCAAAAUUCCAACAGCCAGAGUCGACCCUAAUAAGAGAUGGUUUGGUAAUACCAGAGUCAUUGCACAGGAUGCUUUGACUCAUUUCAGAGAGGCAAUGUCCGAUAAACAACACGAUACCUAUUCUGUUCUAUUGAAGAGGAACAAGUUGCCAAUGUCGCUUCUGGAUGAGAAAGAUACCACUGAGUCUCCGUCUGCCAAGAUUCUCGAAACCCAAUCUUAUUCCGAUGCUUUUGGACCAAAGGCACAACGAAAGAAAACCAAUGUUGCUGUCUCCUCCCUGGAAGAAUUGGCAUCAAUGACAGCCAAGGACAACGAGGCCUUUGAGGAGAAACAGACCUUGGCCCCAACUCUGGGGUUAAUGGGCGGUGUCGAUACUGAUGAGUUUUCAGCAGAAGCAAAGGAAUAUAUUUUUUCCAAAGGUCAGUCCAAGAGAAUCUGGAACGAACUAUACAAAGUCAUUGACUCUUCUGAUGUCGUCAUCCACGUGUUAGAUGCUAGGGAUCCUUUAGGUACCAGGUGUAAAUCGGUCGAGGAAUACAUUAAAAAGGAAUGUCCUCAUAAACAUUUGAUCUAUGUGUUGAAUAAAUGUGAUUUGGUUCCAACCUGGGUUGCUGCUGCUUGGGUUAAACAUCUAUCUAAGGAUUACCCAACUUUAGCAUUUCAUGCGUCUAUUACCAAUUCAUUUGGUAAAGGCUCGUUGAUUCAGCUAUUAAGACAAUUCUCCGUUUUACACAAGGACAGAAAGCAAAUUUCUGUUGGUUUCAUUGGAUAUCCUAACACAGGUAAAUCGAGUAUCAUCAACACUUUAAGACGUAAGAAGGUUUGUCAAGUUGCGCCAAUCCCUGGUGAAACUAAGGUUUGGCAAUACAUCACUUUAAUGAAGAGAAUUUUCCUUAUUGAUUGUCCAGGUAUUGUGCCGCCUUCCGCUAAAGACUCCGAAGCGGAUCUAUUGUUCAGAGGUGUUGUUAGAAUUGAGCAUGUAUCGUACCCAGCCCAGUAUAUUCCUGACUUGUUGGCAAAAUGUCAACGAAAACAUUUAGAGAGAACCUACGAACUGUCUGGAUGGAAAAAUGCCGACGAGUUUAUUGAAAUGCUUGCCAGAAAGACAGGUAAGUUGUUGAGAGGUGCAGAGCCCGACGAAACCGGUGUAGCUAGACAAGUUAUACAGGAUUUCAACCGUGGUAAGAUCCCAUGGUUUGUUCCACCCCCAGAAGACACCGAGGAGAGAAGUGGUGAAGAUAAAAAGGCUCACUACAAGAGAAAGAGAGCAGAGAGAGAGGCUGCUGCACUGGCAGCAGAACAAGAAGAGUAUAACAAGGAAGUCGAAGAGUUAGAAAGUGGAGAUGAAGAUGCUCCAGCAGAGCAUGAAGGUGAUGAAAAUGAGCGUUUGUUCAAAAAGCAAAAAGUGUGA